CUUCGGACUUAACCGCUUACAGACUGAGGCCCGCUAAAGACCAUCGAAGCCACACUUAUAAGACAUCAUUGAAAGCAUCGGCAGCAUCCAGAGCAAGGAGAUGCAACUGCAAAGGUGCCUUUUCAGCCAUCAGACUGAUGUCGCACCCAAAGAUGGACGUUGUUUGGCGACCUCCGGGGCGCGAAAGUCAGCCGACGCAUUUGACCAAAUUUCGUACCAGUCUCAAUUCCUUACAUGGCCUGGAUAUGAAGACGUACGAGGACGUACACCGCUUCUCAAUUGACAAGACAUCGGAAUUCUGGGCCGCAACCUGGGAUUAUGUCGGAAUUCAAUGCGACCGCCGCUUCGAUCGCGUUCUGUCCGAUCCGAAAGGCCAGGCAGCUUCUCUCCCGAGGUGGUUCGAGGGAGCAAGGUUUAGCGUGGCUGAAAAUGUCCUCUUUCCAAUCCAUCCCGACGUUGAAGAAAGCCGUCGGCAGUCCAAGUACGAUUGGCCGAGAAACGAAGAGACGGCGCUGGAGGAAGUAGAUGAAGCUGUCCGAGAUGGACGAGAUGGAUCUCGCAAGACAACAUGGGGCACUCUUCGCCAGAACGCCUUCCACCUGACGUGGGCCUUGCGGCGCAACGGGAUCGGUGUCGGAGAUGUGGUUGCUUGCAUAAGUGCAAACAAUGGCUUUGCCGUGACCCUAGGAAUUGCUGUCAACGCUGUGGGCGCCAUCUUUUCUUUGUGCGCGACCGAUGACGGGGUUCUUUCGCUCCAGCGAAAGCUCUCACAGGUCGCACCCAAGGUCAUCUUCGCACAAGAUCGGGUAGUCUGGAAGGGAAGGGAGCACAACGUCGCCGCAAAAGCUGCCACAAUCGUCAAGGAGUGGGACGACGGGCUCAGUGACCCUCCUCGUCUAAUUACAUUUUCCGGACGGUCUGACAGUGCCACUAUGUCCGCCAACGAAGUGCACACGACAAUGGCAGACUUCGUCUGCUCCGGGGAAGCCGCGCCCCCCUAUUCCCGGAGUAAUUUCGACUUUUGUCGACAGGGCGCCCAAAGUCCCCUCCAGAUUUUCUUUAGCAGCGGAACGACGGGGGAGCCAAAGUGCAUCGUGCAUUCCCAGUGCGUCGCCCUCAACCUCAAAAAGGAGUGGCUUCUACAGUCAAACAGCUCGCCUCGCGACUCUUUCCUCCAGGUGACCACUUGCGGCUGGGUCAUGUGGCUUUUCAACUAUGCAAGCCUGCUCGUCGGUGGUACGGCGCUCCUCUAUGAUGGCAGUCCGCUUCACCCAGAUCCCAUGCACCUCGUCUCGCUCGUCGACGAGCUCGGCGCCAACGGGCUGGGCGUCAGUCCUCGAUUUCUCAGCGAGCUCCAGGCCCAUCGCUCCUCGCACGUAUCACAGACGCCGUCAUUUGCUCGGCUACGCCACGUGACGAGCUCGGGGGCUCCCUUAUCGCCCGGAAACGUCGAGUUCUUCUAUUCUUUCUUCCCUAGGGAUGUCCGCAUCGCCACGCUGUCGGGUGGAACGGACGUGGCAGGAACAUUCUGCGGCCCGUCGGCUGAUCUCGAGGUGCAUGGUUCGUUUAUGCAAUGCAAGAUGCUUGGCAUGGACUUGCAGAUCUGGCACCACAUCACCGGCAAGAAUGUAGAAAAUACGGGUGCUGCAGGGGAGCUGAUCGUCGUGAAACCUUUUCCGACACAGCCGCUUUGCUUUCAUGGACCGUCAAGCAAGACUGCUGAGCUCAAGGAGAAGUACAUGAAGUCUUACUAUUUGCGCUUUCCUGGGGAGAAAGUCUGGUGUCAAGGAGACUUUAUCAUGCGCCAUCCGGUCCAUGGCGGUCUCGAGAUCCUCGGCAGGAGCGACGGGGUUCUGAAUCCUAGCGGAGUUCGUUUCGGGUCUGCAGAAAUUUAUACGGUGGUCGAAAAGCUGGUCUUCGUCGAGGAUUGCAUUGUCGUUGGGCAGCGUCGACCAAGCAUCGACGAGGACGAGCGCGUGCUGCUGUUUGUCAAGUUGCGCAACGGCUAUCUCUCAUUAUCGCAGAUUCAAACGAUCAAAUCGGCCAUCUCAGCGGCGUACACGCCACGCCAUGUCCCUUUCGCAAUCUUUCAAGUCGACGAAAUCCCCGUUACUUUGAACGGAAAGAAGCCGGAAGUGGCUGUUAAGCAAAUUGUCAACGGUGCUACAGAUUUUGAACCGAGCAGCAGCAUUGCGAACCCCAAAUCUCUUUUGCAAUUCAGAAAGUAUGCCGAGUUGGGCAAAAGCAGAGCGCCUAUGUCAUCCCUGUAGCAAGCUGUUCUGGUCAGCAGCUGUGCCUCUUUUCUCCGAGAUUUGUCUUCUCAGCACGGUCUUCUCAACAUGCAAGUAGCAUUUGCAUAAUAUCUCGUUCAUCCUCCCCGCUCACAGUCUUUUCGCGGUCCGUUAUUUCAAAUUGUCAACAAACAGGGGUUUCUAGCACUCAGCUGGCGAACGACGCAUCCCCGCCCUCGUAGAUAACACAAAUGUCGCUUUGUGAUGAUCGGUAUCUGGAUCAAAAAGACGAAAUCAGGC